AGUUCAAAUAGAGAAGAAGAUAUUCUUUGAUGGUUACAAGAGUGGAGUAGGAGGGAGGGAGACAGAGGGGUUUUCUCUAAUUAGAUAGUAGAUAAGAACUAUUUUAGGUAAAGGGAAAGACAGCCCACAAUACAAGAGAGGUCACCAUAAGUGGACUAAACCAAAAGCGAGGAAGUUUCCUGAAUAAACAAUGUUUCGAAGGCCAGCGUAGCAGUGGUGGGGUUUGGGGACCAUGGUUUCGGGGGAUAUCUAAGUCAAUUGGUAUAUUAAAUCUAUUAAAACAUUCUGCAUUCUACUGUGGAGAGUGGCUUCUGGGGUCUUAAACGCUAGCAAGCAACCAUCUAAGAUGCAUCAGCUGGUCUCAACCCACCUGAAAGCAAAGGAGAAUGAAGAACACCAAAGACACAAAGUAAUUAUGAGCCCAAGAGACAGAAAGGGCCGUAUAAACCAGAGACUACGUUAGCCUGAGACCAGACGAACAAGAUGGUGCCUGGCCGUAACUGAUGACUGCUCUGACAGCACAGCAGAGAACCCCUGAGGAAGCAGCAGGGCAGUGGGAUGCAGACCCCAAAUUCUUGUGAAAAGACCAGACUCAAUGGGCUGACUGAGAGUAGAAGGACCCCAGAGGUCAUGGUCCCCAGACUUUCUGUUAGCCCAAGACAGGAACCAUUCCCAAAGCCAACUCUUCAGACAGGGAUUGGACUGGACUAUGGGAUAGAAAGUGAUACUGGUAAUGAGUGAGCUUCUUGGAUCAAGUAGACACGUGAGACUAUGUGGGCAGCUCCUGUGUGGAGGGGAGAUGAGAGCGCAGAGCGGGGCAGAAGCUGGCCAAAUGGACAUGAAAAGAGUGGAGGGAUGGAGUGUGUUGUCUUCUUAGGGGGAGAGCAGCUAGGAGUAUAUAGUGGGGUGUAUAUAAAUUUUUGUAUGAGAGACUGACUUGAUUUGUAAAUUUUCACUUAAAGCACAAGUAAAAUUUUUUUUUAAAGUUACGCCUUUUGCCUCCUUAUAUUAUGCAAAAACAAGAAGUGCCUCCCCACCACCAACACUUUACUGUGGACUACUGGAGAAAUGUGUGUUUCAUGUUAGCCACCAUUGACAUACAAGGAUUUGUCCGUACAUUCCCCCCAGAAGGGGUGGGGGAAAUGAUUGUAUCCUGCUCAGAGAGCUUUGUAAAGGCGCAUAAUGUUGGAGAACUACAGAAACCUGGUCAACCUGGUUCUCGUAGGAGAGAUAGAAGUCAGGACCUGCACUUGGAUGUCUUUGCAUUUUCCAGUUUGAGUCUCUUGAGGGCCCCUGCCUUUCUUAACUAAGUUUACAUUCCCUUCCUUAAGGGAAUCACUGAGGCUUUGUAGAUUCAGAACUAAAGAUCUUCGUAAUGAGGUAUCUGGGCUUUUACCUUCCCCUUUCUUCAGAUGAUCUGCCCUGAAUUGAUGGUGGUUCUAGAGCUUUGUGUGCAUAAACCUGUGGCCAGCAUUUCAAACAUCCAGUGUCUGGUUACUCCCGGGCUUUUGAUUUAGUAGUUCACGGAAGAGUGCUUAGAGGUCUGUACCUUUGAAAUGAUCCCUAAGCAUUUAGAAGGGAGAGGGCAGUGGCUCCAUUAAAAAAUUACUGUGGUAAAAUAUAUAUAACAAAUGUUGCCAUUUUCAGCUUUUUUAAGUGUAUAGUUCAGUGACAUUAAAUACACUAACAAUGUUAUACAACCAUCUCCACCAUCUAAGUCCAAAACUUUUUCGUUAUUCCAGGCAGAAAGUGUUGCUGUUGUUAGGUGGCAUCUAGUGGGUUCUGACUCAUAGUGACUCUAUGCACGACAGAACGAAACACCGCCUGGUCCUGCGCCACCCUUAAAAUCAUUGUUAUGCUUGAGCUCAUUGUUGCAGCCACUGUGUCAAUCCACCUCGUUGAGGGCCUUCCUCUUUUCAGCUGACCCUGUACUUUACCAAGCAUGAUGUCCUUCUUCAGGGACUGAUCCCUCCUGACAACAUGUCCAAAGUAUGUAAAAUGUAGUCUUGCCUUCCUGCUGCUAAGGAGUAUUCUGGUUGUACUUUUUCCAAGACAGAUUUGUUCAUUCUUUUGCCAGUCCUUGGUAUUCAGUAUUCUUCGCCAACCCCACAGUUCAAAGGCGUCAACUCUUCUUCGGUCUUCCUUAUUCACUGUACAGCUUUCACAUGCAUAUGAUGCGAUUGAAAAUAUCCUGGCUUGGGUCAGGCACACCUUAGUCGUCAGGGUGACAUCUUUGCUUUUCAGCACUUUAAAGAGGUCCUCUGCAGCAUAUUUACCCAAUGCAGUGUGUCCUUUGAUUUCUUGACUGCUGCUUCCAUGGCUGUUGAUUGUGGAUCCAAGUAAAACGAAAUCCUUGACAACUUCAAUCUUUUCUCUGUUUAUCAUGAUGUUGCUUAUUGGCCCAGUUGUGAGGACUUUUGUUUUCUUAAAGUUGAGGUGUAAUCCAUAGUGAAGGCUGUGGUCUUUGAUCAAGUCCUUUUCACUUUGAGCAAGCAAGAUUGUGUCAUCUGCAUAAUGCAGGUUGUUAAUGAGUCUUUCUCCAAUCCUGAUGGCCUAAUCGUCUUAAUAUAGUCCAAAUUCUCGGAUUAUUUUCUCAGCAUACAGAUUGAAUAGGAUAUGGUGAAAGAAUACAACCCUGACACACACCUUUCCUGACUUUAAACCAUGCGGUAUCCCCUUGUUCUGUUCAAACGACUGCUGCUUGAUCUAUGUACAAGUUCCUCAUGAGCACAAUUAAGUGUUCUGGAAUUCCCAUUCUUCUCAAUGCUGUCCAUAAUUUAUUAUGAUCCACAUAGUCAAAUGCCUUUAAAUAGUCAAUAAAAGACAGGUCAACAUCUUUCUGGUAUUCUCUGCUUUCAGCCAGGAUCCAUCUGACAUCAGCAAUGAUAUCUUUCCUUCCACAUCCUCUUCUGAAUCGUCCUGAAUUUUUGACAGUUCCUCGUUGACGCACUCCUGCAGCAGCUUUUGAAUGAUCUUCAACGAUAUAUUACCUGCGUGUGAUAUUGAUGUUGUUCAAUAAUUUCCCCCAUUCGGUAGAAUCACCUUUCUUUGGAAUAGGCACAAAUAUGGAUCUCUUUCAGUUGGUUGACCAGGCAGCUGUCUUCCAAAUUUCUUGGUGUAGAUGAGGGAGCAUUUCCAGUGCUGCAUCAGUUGGUGGAAACGUUUCAGUUCCUGGAGUCUUGUUUUUCACCAAUGCCUUCGGUGCAGCUUGGACCUCUUCUUUCAGUACCCUCAGUUCCUGAUCAUAUGCUGUCCCCUGAAAUAGUAGUCCUGAAAGUAAGAAGAGAGAAUUUUACCACUGAACCAUCAGUGUCCCCAUUUUCCAUUAUAAUGAGGGUGGCUGUUUGACACAGAGCUUGCCGAUAACAUAGACGAAGCCACUAGGUCUCAUACUUCCCCACGUAAACAAUGCAAAGCGUAAGAAGAAAAAAAAAAAACAGGCUUUUCCCCACAACCUUCAAUCUUAUUCUUUCUCAUUCAGCAGCCAGCUGGCCACCAUGAGAAUGCUGGCGCGUGGUAAUAGAAGCAGAGUACACAGAAAGGAGCCUGGGUCACUGAUUACUUCACAGAGCACCUGUCAUGUCCUGCACUGUAACUUCUGGACUUUUUGUUGGACGAGAAGAUAAACUGAUAAGAUUCUUACUUGUUUCAGUUUCCAGGUGUUACAUGACUCACAAACAAAAACAUCCCCAUCUAACCAAUGAGAUUAUUAUUUUGUGUUGAGGAAUUCUGGACAUUGACUGUAAUUGUGUGCCUUAGAAAAACGUCAUGAAAGGCUUCCUCCACUGCUGAUGAGAGAGAGACAGGCAGGUACCACAAUUAACCUUCCCUUUAUAACUAAAUUUUGAAUUGGCCUUCUGCCCUUCAUCUGUGUAUGUCCUCAAUCCCUGUGGCUUUUACCUACAGUCCUUGGCUGAGACAAUGAUAUCCUGCUUUUUAAGUUCAAGAGUCACACCUAGGGUCUAUACUACUGUUAUUUUCAACAAUUGUGGUACCGUUGACCAUUAUUCACUUUGUUUAUAUAAGAAUAUGUUACAUAAAUAUGUGUGAUGGUCACUCUUAAUGUAAGUAACAUUAAUUUUUUAAUGUACUCUAAUGCCCAAAUAAAUAUAUUGUGCUUCCCUUUGUCUUAAUGUUGUUGUUAGCUGCUUUUCAGUUGGCCCUGACUUGUGGUUAUCCCAUGCGCUGUGGAAUGAAAUGGACCAUUGUGAUUCAUAGGCUUUUCACUGACUGAUUUUCACAAGUAGAUCACCAGGCUGUUCUUCCUAGUCUUGGUCCGAAAGCUCCACUGAAACCUGUUCAGCAUCACAGUGUCACAAAAGCCUCCGCUGACAGACAUGUGGUGGGUAUGCAUGAGAUGUGUUAGCUGGGAAUCAAGACAAGCCUUUCACAUAGAAGAUGGGAAUUCUACCACUGAACCACGAACGUUUUCCAUCGAGUCAGUACCAUAAUGGAGCCCUGGUGGUAUGGUGGUUAAGAGCUCAGGCUGCCAACCAGAAAGGUCAGCAUUUCGAAUCCACCAGCUGCUCCUUGGAAACCCUGUGAGGCAGUUCUGCUCUGUCUGGUGAGUCGCUAUGAAUCAGAAUCCACUCGACAGCAGCAGGGCUGCCAUGAAUAAUAGCCAUCAUAGGUGGUGUGAAGUGGUAUCUCAGUUUUGUUUUCAUUUGCAUUUCCCUAAUCAUUAAUGACAUUAAACAUCAUCUGUUGUGCUUAUCGGCCAUUUGUAUAUCUUUGGAAAGAUGUCUGUUCAGGGUCUUUGCUCUUUUUGUUUUUAAUUGUGCUUUAAGUGAAAGUUUACAGUUACGGUUAGUUGGUUCACAAAAACUUAACACACAUGUUGUUAUGUGACCCUAGUUCUUCUCCCUAUGUGACAGCACACUCUUCUCCACCCUGUAUUUCCCGUGUCCACUCAACCAGCUCCUCUCCCCCUCUGCCUUCUCCUCUUGCCUCUGGACAGGAGCUGCCCACUUAGUCUCAUGUAUCUACUUGAGCUGAGAAGCACACUCCUCACCAUUAUCAUCUCGUGUCUUACAGUCCAGUCUAAUCUUUGUCUAAAGAGUUGGCUUUGGGAAUGGUUUUGGUUUUGGGUUAAUAGAGAGUCCAAGGGCCAUGUCUUCUGGGGUCUUUCCAGUCUCAGUCAGACCAUUAAGUCUGGUCUUUUUACUAGAAUUUGAGUUCUGCACCCCACUCUUCUCCUGCUCCAUCAGGGACUCUCUGUUGUGUUCCCUAUCAGGGCAGUCAUCGGUGGUAACCAGGCACCAUCCAGUUCUUCUGGUCUCAGCCUUUGCCCGUUUUUUAUUGGGUUUUUUAUCUUUUUUGUUGUUAAGCUGUAGAAAUUAUUUCCGUAUUCUGAAUAUUAAACUCUUAUCCAAUAUGAUUCCUAAAUAUUUUCUCCAAUCUGUAGGUUGUAUGUUCAUUUUCUUGAUAAAGUGUUGGAUCCACAAAAGGUUUUAGUUUUGAUGAAGACCAAUUUAUGUAUUUUGUCUUCUGUUGCUCAAGAUUUUGAUGUCACAUCUAAGACUCUGUCGUCAAAAACUAGAUCCUUAAGCAUUACCCAUAUAUUUUUACCGUAAAAGUUUAUAGUUUUAGUUUGUAUAUGGUCAUUAAUCUAUUCCAAGUUAAUUUUGAUAUACGGUGUGAUGUACGGGUCCAACUUUAUUCUUUUAUAUGUGGAGACCCAGAAUUCCCAGCUUCAUUUGUUGAAGAGACAUUUUUUUUCCACAUUGAAUAGAUGAUUUACCUUUGCAGAGAAUGAGUUGACGGUAAAUGUGUGGGUUUAUUCUGAAUUCUCCGUUGUAUUCCACUGGUCUACAUGUCUGUCCUUAUACCAGAAUGACUGAAAGAACUGAAGAAAAAAUUGAAGCCUCGAGUUGCGAUAUUGAAGUAUUCUACAAGGAAAAUAUUAAAUGGUGCAAGGAGCAUCAAAAGAAGAUGGAAGGAAUACACAGAGUCACCGUACCAAAAAGAAUUGGUCAGUGUUCAGCCAUUUCAGGAGGCAGUAUAUGAUCAAGAACCGAUGAUACUGAAGGAAGAAGUCCGAGCUGCACUGAAGGCGUUGGCUAAAAACAAGGAUCCGGGAAUUGAUGAAAUACCAAUUGAGGUGUUUCAACGAAAGGGUGCAGUGCCAGAGGUGCUCACUCAUCUAUCCCAAGAAAUUUAGAAGACAGCUACCUGGCCACCCGACUGGAAGAGAUCCAUAUUUGUAUCCAUUCCUAAGAAAGGUGAUCCAACUGAAUGCAGAAAUUAUCAAACAAUAUCGUUAGUAUCACACACAAGUAAAAUUUUGCUGAAGAUCUUUCAAAAGUGGUUGCAGCACUGCAUUGGCAAGGGACUACCAGAAAUUCAAGCUGGGUUCGGAAGGGAACAUGGAACAAGGGAUAUCAUUACUGAUGUCAGAUAGAUCUUGGUUGAAAGCAGAGAAUACCAGAAAGAUGUUUACCUGUGUUUUACUACCUAUGCAAAAGCAUGCAACUGUGUGGAUCGUAGCAAAUUAUGGAUAAUGUUGAGAAGAGUGGGAAUUCCAGCACACUUAAUUGUUCUCAUAAGGAACCUGUACAUAGACCAAGAGGCAGUCGUUCAAUCAGAGCAAGGAGAUACUGCGUGGUUAAAAUCAGGAAAGAUGUACGUCAGGGUUGUAUCCUUUCACCAUACUUAUUCAAUCUGUAUGCUGAGCAAAUAUUCUGAGAAACUGGCCUGUAUGAAGAAGAACGGGGUAUCGGGAUGAGAGGAAGAUUCAUUAACAACCUGCGAUAUGCAGAUGAUACAGUCUUGCUUGUGUAAGUGAAGAGGACUUGAAGCACUUACUAAAAGAUCAAAGACCACAGCCUUCAGUAUGGAUUGAUUACACCUCAACAUAAAGAAAACAAAAAUCCUCACAACUGGACCAAUGAACAGCAUCAUGUCUCUUUCCACAGACGUAGUCUGUUUGAUUUCUGUGUAUUUCAUCUGACGAGGUCCACAGGUACAUUCACCAUUUAUAUCACUGAAAAAAGGUAUUCGCAAUGAAGAAGUCAUUGGUCUUGCAAAGUUCUGUCAUCGGAUCUCCGGCAUCGUUUCUGUCACCAAGGCCAUGUUUUCCAACUACUGAUCCUUCUUCUUGGUUUCUGACUUUGGUGUUCCAAUCAUCAGUAAUUAUCAGUGCAUCCUGAUGGCGUGUUCAGUCUGUUUCAGACUGCAGAAGUUGGUAAAAAUCUUCAAUUUCUUCAUUUUUGGUCUCAGUGGUUGGUGUGUAAAUUUGAAUAAUAGUUGUAUUAACUGGUCUUCCUUGUAGGUGUAUGAAUUUGGAUACCUUUUAUUUCUUUUUCUUAAGCUAAUUGCUCUGACUUCUAGUACUUCUAGUACAGUAACAAAUAGCAGUGGUGGAAGUGAACAUUACCGAUCUGUCCUAUUCUUAGGGGGAAUGAUUUCAGUCUUUCUCCAUGGAGUAUGACAUUAGCUGUGGGUUUUCAUAAGUGACUUUAGCACAUUGAGGAAUUUCCCUUCUAUGUCUAGUUUAUUGGAAACCCUGGUGGCGUAAUGGUUAAGUGCUGCAGCUGCUAACCAAAAGGCCAGCAGUUCAAAUUCGCCAGGCGCCACUUGGAAACCCUAUGGGGCAGUUCUACUCAGUCCUCUAGGGUUGCUAUGAGUCAGAAUUGACAGCAGUGGGUUUGGGUUUGUUUUUUUUUUUUUUGGACCCUCCAAGAGAGCAGUAGAAAUUCAAGAGGAUUUGGGAUCCUUUGGUGCUGUUGCAGUCACCUUGCUUGUUCCAAGUUUAUAAACAACAGAAAGUCAUUCCUUCUCUUUAAAAGCUAUACUUAUGUUCCAGCAGAUGUGAUUUAAGGGGUUUGCCAUUUGAUAACCUCGGGGAUCAUUUCUGUAAAUGCCAUUGACACACUUGCUUUUUGUACAUGUGUUGGGUAAUAAGAGGUGGCUUCUACAGCUACUGCCAGCUUUUAGUAUCUCUGGAAUUUUCUUUAUGACAGUACUUUUCUGGAAGGAGUUAGAAAUGAACCAAGCUUCAGACAAAGAGGGCCAGCCAAGGUGGGGCCUGGAGGUGGAGCUCCCUCUGCACCCUGCCUGCCUCGGGGCCCUGGGACUGAAGCCUGGCCUUGGGGCUGGGGGAGCCAUGAGCUUCACAAGGUGAACACACAUGGUGAUGCGAGGGAAGGGGUCUAGAAACAGGUCGUGUGCUUCUCUGGUAGCCUCGCCUUGGGGGUGGGAAGUGGUGAGCUUCACAAGGUGAACACGCAUGAUGGCGAUGCAUGAUGGCGAUGCAAGGGAAGCGUCCUAAAACAGGUUGCGCACCUCUCUAGUAGCCUGGCGUUCACAGAUUAGUUUGCGAUGUGAUCCCCCUGCAUCCUGUCACUGCCACUGCAGGCCUCCCAGCCUUCAGCAGUUCCCUAAGGGUGGGAAGAGGGCAGUGCUGGGGAUCUCCAACCAGCCCUUCCUGCCAGAUGACCCCCUACCGUCUUCCAGCCCAGCCUUCCCCCACGGCAUUCCUUUUGUCUGUCCUGUCUCUCCAGGCUCCUGGUGGAGCAUGAUCCACAGCCUCCAGUGUUGGUGUGAGAGCUGGGCACUGGUCUUUUCCUCUCCUCCUAGGAGAGGGGGGGCACGACAGGGGUUCCCCGGAGCCCAGGUCCCAGGUGUGGCUCAGGGAGAGAUAGUCCAAUCUAGGCAGCGGGGGACCAAGGGUGACCAUCUUGCACAUCCAGGGAAUCACAAGUAAGGAUUUCAGCUGCUCUGACUGGCUGUGUGGACCAAACAUCAUUCAUCUGCCUCCAGACUGCCUAGUGGCUCUGCUUCCACUGCCAUUCCUCUUCCUGAGGUGUCUUCUUGGGCUCAGAGAGCACAUUCACUUAGACUUCCAGAAGCUAGAGCCAGGAAAUGGACUCAGUGACUGGUGAGGAUGUGGCUGUGGACUUUACCCAGGAAGAGUGGGCACUGCUGGAUCUUUCUCAGAGGAAACUCUACAAAGAUGUGAUGAUGGAAACCUUCAGAAACCUGGCCUCAGUAGUUUCUCGAAACAUUAAUGAUGGAGAAAAGCUAUCCAGUGAAAAUAGGAUAGUACGAUUCAUGAAAAAUGACACCUGGUCCUUCAUGGUAGGAGAAAUCUGUGAAUUGCAUGGCAUUGAAGAUCAGGAUAACAACCAGAAAACACAUGUGAGUGUGCUGCCUAUUUUUAACAGACAGCGUGUGAUAGAGAACCUCUGUGUAAGUAAUGAAGACAAUCAGUGUGGACAGACCUUCAGCCAGAUUCCAAAUCUUUCUGUGCUCAAUAGAACUCCCAUGGAAGCAUAUUCUUCUGAAUUCCUUGAGUGUGGACAAUCUUUGACGGAUCAUGAAUCAUUUAAGCACCCUAUCAGAUCUCACUCUGGAUGCAAUGCCUCUCAGCCUAAGGAAUGUGGAGAAGCCUGCAGUUGUCCCUCUUACCUCAGCACUCCUGUGAGAAUUCUUACUGGAGAGAAGCCCUAUGAAUGUAAGAAAUUUGGGAAAGCCUUUUGUCAGUCUUCAGACCUCAUACAUAUGAGAACUCACAGUGGAGACAGGCUUUAUAAAUGUAAGGAAUGUGGCAAAGCCUGUCAUCAUUCCUCACACCUCACUAGACAUACGAGUACACAUAGUGGAGAGAGGCCUUAUCAGUGUAAGGAAUGUGGGAAAGCUUUCAGUUGGCCAUCAAAUACCACUACACAUGUAAGAGCUCACAGUAGAGAGAAGCCUUAUGAAUGUAAGGAAUGUGGGAAAGCCUUUAGUGUCUUCUCAGACUUAACUAAACAUAUGAGAAUUCACAAUGGGGAGAGGCCUUAUGAAUGUAAGGAAUGUGGCAAAGCCUUUACUUUCUCUUUAAGCUUCACUAACCAUAUGAGAAUUCACAAUGGGAAGAGGCCUUAUGAAUGUAAAGAAUGUGGCAAAGCCUUUUGUCAUUCCUCACACCUCACUACAUGUAUGAGUACUCACAGUGGAGAGAGGCCUUAUGAAUGUAAGGAAUGUGACAAAUUCUUCAGUAGCUCCUCAGACUUAACUAAACAUAUAAGAAUUCACAAUGGGGAGAAGCCCUAUGAAUGUAAGGAAUGUGGCAAAGCCUUGAGUUGCUCUUCAAGCUUCACUAAACAUAUGAGAAUUCAUAAUGGAGAGAGGCCUUAUGAAUGUAAAGAAUGUGGGAAAGCCUUUAGUUGGCCAUCAAUCCUCACUACACAUAUAAGAACUCACAGUGGAGAGAAGCCUUAUGAAUGUAAAGAAUGUGGGAGAGCCUUUAGUUGCUCUUCAAGCUUCACUAAACAUAUGAGAAUUCACAGUGGAGAGAAGCCUUAUGAGUGUAAGGAAUGUGGCAAAUCCUUUAGUUCCUCCUCAAACUUAACUAAACAUAUGAGAAUUCACAAUGGGGAGAGGCCUUAUAGAUGUAAGGAAUGUGGCAAAGCUUUUCGUCAUUCCUCAGACCUCACUACACAUAUGAGAAUUCACAAUGGAGAGAGGCCUUAUGAAUGUAAGGAAUGUGGGAAAGGCUUUACUUGGCCAUCACACCUCACUGCCCAUAUAAGAACUCACAGUGGAGAGAGGCCUUAUGAAUGUAAGGAAUGUGGCAAAUCAUUUAGUUGCUCCUCAAACUUAACUAAACAUAUGAGAAUUCACAAUGGGGAAAGGCCUUAUGAAUGUAAGGAAUGUGGCAAAGCCUUUUGUCAUUUCUCAGACCUCACUACACAUAUGAGAAUUCACAGUGGAGAGAGGCCUUAUGAAUGUAAGGAAUGUGGGAAAGCCUUCAGUUGGCCGUCACACCUCACUAAACAUACAAGAAUUCACAGUAGAGAGAGGCCUUAUGAAUGUAAGGAAUGUGGAAAAGCCUGUCGUAAUUCCUCACACCUCACUAGACAUAUGAGUACUCAUGGUGGAGAGAGGCCUUAUAAAUGUAAAGAAUGUGGAAAAGCCUUUAGUUGGCCAUCAAUCCUCACUACACAUACAAGAACUCACAGUGGAGAGAAGCCUUAUGAGUGUAAGGAAUGUGGGAAAGCCUUUAGUUGCUCUUCAAGCUUCACUAAACAUAUGAGAAUUCACAGUGGAGAGAAGCCUUAUGAGUGUAAGGAAUGUGGCAAAUCCUUUAGUUCCUCCUCAAACUUAACUAAACAUAUGAGAAUUCACAAUGGGGAGAGGCCUUAUGAAUGUAAGGAAUGUGGCAAAGCCUUUCGUCAUUCCUCAGACCUCACUGCACAUACGAGAAUUCAUGGUGGAGAGAGGCCUUAUGAAUGUAAGGAAUGUGGGAAAGCCUUUACGUGGCCAUCACACCUCACUGCACAUAUAAGAACUCACAGUGGAGAGAGGCCUUAUGAAUGUAAGGAAUGUGGCAAAUCAUUUAGUUGCUCCUCAAACUUAACUAAACAUAUGAGAAUUCAUAGUGGGGAGAGGCCUUAUGAAUGUAAGGAAUGUGGGAAAACCUUUUGUCACUCCUCAGACCUCACUACACAUACGAGAUUUCACAGUGGAGAGAGGCUUUAUGAAUGUAAGGAAUGUGGGAAAGCCUUCAGUUGGCCAUCACACCUCACUAAACAUAUAAGAAUUCACACUGGAGAGAGGCCUUAUGAAUGUAAGGAAUGUGGCAAGUUGUUUAGUUGCUCCUCACACCUCACUACACAUAUGAGUACUCACAGUGGAGAGGGGCCUUAUCGAUGUAAAGAAUGUGACAAAGCCUUUAGUUGCUCCUCACACCUCACUACACAUAUGAGCACUCACAGUGGAGAGAGGCCUUAUGAAUGUAGGAAAUGUGGCAAAGCCUUUAGAUGCUCCUCAUACUUAACUAGCCAUAUGAGUACUCACAGUGGAGAGAGGCCUUAUGAAUGUAAGGUAUGUGGCAAAGCCUUUCGUCGUUCUUCACACCUCACUAGACAUAUGAGAACUCACAGUGGAGGGAGGCCUUAAGAAUUAGUUCAUUCAUAGUGCUGUGAUUUCAAACAGCAAAUUUCUGAAAGUCUCUGAUUAGAGAACAAAGUUUCUCAGUGACUAAGAGAACAACAGAAACUCAUACAAAGCGCCAUUAGAGCUACUUUGUUUCUUUGGAUAAAAUAACUGUUUUCAUGGUAACUAUUUUUGUCUUUAUUAGUGUUCAUUUAUCCAGUUCCAUGAACAGCUGGACAGAUAUUUACUUCCUCAGUCCAUAUUGAAUUUUACCUUCUUUGGGUAUUAGAAAUAAGGCUGCAGUGAGUAGCUUGAGCAUAUGUGGUAUUGUGUUUUUUAAUGUUUUUAAUUGAUGUUAAUUUGCAUGCAAUAAAAUGCACUGAUCUUGUA